GCGCGCCGCUGUACGGCUGGCUUCGGUUCGGUUCCUCGAGGGUUGCUUGACUGCCAUGUUAAUGCUGCUUGCAUUUGGAGUGCUACUUCGGGAAAUCUGGGCCAGUAUUCAUGAUGAAAAUCUUGCUGAUGCCAGCAGUAUUCCGGAAGCGCCAUUGUUUAGCUAUGAAAACAUCAACGUGCCAGAAGAGCACAUCCCCUACUUUUUACAUAACAACCAGCACAUUGCCACAGCCUGUAAGCAGGAUCCUCAUUGCCCAUAUAAAAAAUACUUGAAGAAAUUGAAAUCAUGUUGGGGCUAUGAGAAAUCCUGUAAACCAGAAAAAAGGUUUGGAUAUCCAACAUGUGAUUAUGCGGAGGCAGGGUGGGCUAGUACUAUCGAGGAGGCUCAGCAUUUGUUCUGGAAGCAAGCUGAUUUUGGUUAUGUUAAAGAGAGGAUAGAUGAAGUGAAGACUCACUGCAGACCUAAGGCAAUGGGAGAUUCUUCACUUGAAUGUUCACGUUAUCUCCAAUACUGCAGAGCAAAGAAUUUGUACAUUGAUUUAAGAAGCCCGGAGAGGACCCAUGACAGAUUUAAUGAAGACUUUUUCCAGAAGGGGCAAAUUGGAGGUCAUUGUAACUUGGAUGUUAAAGCUUUCCUUGCUGAAGGCCAGCGGAAAAGUCCUCUGCAAUCUUGGUUUGCUGAGCUCCAGAUGUAUACAGAACUGAAUGCUAGACCUACGGAAGACGGUAGCUGCGAUGUUGUUAUUGACAAGCCAACUUAUUUCAUGAAGUUUGAUGCAGGUGUUAAUAUGUACCACCAUUUCUGUGACUUUGUCAAUCUUUACAUCACUCAGCAUGUUAACAACUCUUUCAGCACAGAUGUCAACAUUGUCAUGUGGGAUACUAGUUCCUAUGGCUAUGGAGACUUGUUCAGUGAAACUUGGACGGCAUUUACAGACUAUGAAAUAAUGCAUUUGAAAUCGUAUGAUUCAAAAAGAGUAUGCUUCAAAGAAGCAGUUUUUGCCUUACUGCCUCGCAUGAGGUAUGGCUUAUUUUAUAACACUCCACUGAUCUCUGGCUGCCACGGUACAGGAUUAUUUAGAGCCUUUUCCCAGCAUGUCUUACACAGAUUAAAUGUCACGCAAGAUGGACCUAAGGAUGGAAAAAUUAGAGUUACAAUACUUGCCCGAAGUACAGCAUACAGGAAUAUACUAAACCAAAAUGUGCUUGCCAGUGCUUUGAAAACAUUGUCGUUAUUUGACGUCCAGAUAGUCAAUUACAAGUACAAGGAGCUGGAGUUUACAAAGCAGCUGAAAAUUACACACAAUUCUGAUAUAUUCAUUGGAAUGCAUGGAGCAGGACUUACUCAUCUUCUCUUUCUGCCAGACUGGGCUGUCAUCUUUGAACUGUACAACUGUGAAGAUGAACACUGCUAUUUAGAUCUGGCAAGACUGAGAGGUGUCCAUUACAUGACCUGGCAAAGGAAGGACAAAGUAUUCCCCCAAGAUCAGGGGCAUCAUCCAACACUUGGAAAACACCCGAAGUUUACAAAUUACUCGUUUGACGUGGAAGAAUUUGUCCGCUUGGUGCUUCUGGCGGCUGAUCGUGUGUCACAACAUUCCAAAUGGCCGUUUAGGAGAAAACAACGUGAUGAAUUCUAGGUUAUGCUACGGUGUGUUUUUUUUAACGCUAAAGUGUUAAAUGUGUCACCUAUUUUGAUACACAGUCCUAAACAGCUAACUUUUUUUUUCCUGGAGGAAAAGGAAUGGGAGUUGCAUGUUGGAACCCUUCUCUCCCCCCCCCCCCAAUUGUUGCUUUAUUACUGUAAUGUCUUCGCCCUUCCCAAUAUUACUUGAGAAGUUUGUGUUAUGGAACACCUAUUUAUUUAGUACGACGAAAAUUUGCACUGCUUUGUCCUCGGGUUGUCGUCACCUGCAUUGCUAAAAAGAGUGACGGUUGCUUUAAAAGUAUGUAUGUGGGGAGGGUUAGAGAUCAGCACACUCUGACUUGGUUAGCCCAGGCCAACCUGAUCUUGUCAGAUCUUGGAAGCUAAGGCCCUGGUCAGUAU